AUGUCAUUCACCGGUAAAAAAUUUAGAUCAAGAAGAGAGCAAAUAGCUUAUGAAGCUUCCCUUGCGGGAAGAUAUCAAGCUAGGCUGAAAAAGAAUCCAUUCUUGUACUUUGGCUUGCCGUUCUGCUCUGUCAUUGUCCUUGGUUCGUACUGGCUCUCUGGCUUCACUGCAGUAAGAUAUGAGCAAAAAGAUCGCAAGAUUCAAGAGGUAAGUGAGGAGGAUCUGGUGAAAAUGAAGGCUAACAAACGGCAAUUUGAUUUGAAAGAAGAAUACUACAGGCUACAGGGACUUGGAGAGCAGGAUUGGGAGCCUGUACGAGUACCACGAAUGAAAGGCGAGUCCGAGAACGUAUGGUGA